ACUGCAAAUCAAUUUUCAAUUUACAUAGGUUUAAACUUGAUUCGAGGUCAUGCAUUGAAUAUUGCAAGUUAUGUGUGCUGCGAAAAAUUCCUUUAGAAGAGUGGCCAAAAGUAAGAAACUAAGGAAGUAUGCGUCUCUGUGUUCUGACAAUGAUAUUUUGGAUGAGAAAUACAAGUUUGUUCAACGAGGCAGGAGUGCUGAACAGCUUACAAGGUUAAAUUCUGACUCAGUGAAAGAUGACUUUGAAGAUGAAAUUCUUUUUCCGUAUGAUGCCACCAAACGUCUUUCACAACAAGUUGAGGUGCUACUGGAAGAGAACGGACAGUUGCGCCGCUCACUGGUGGAGGCCGAGGCUCGUCUGAAGGGUGUAGUCACCAAGUGUCCCCCGGCCAUGGCCACUCACGGCCGAGCAUCUGACCUGGCCGCUAGUAAGAUUGUUGAGCUGAGCAAGCGAGUCCGCGAGCUCACAGCUGACCUGGAGGUGGCCAAGAUGAGAUGUCGCACCUUCGAACUGUCCACCCUUACUGCCUCUGCGGAUCCUCAGGAGAAAUGUGCCGACAUUAAAAGUGAAAAAUCGUCAGAAAAUGAAAUGAAAGAGUUGACAGAUAAAUUGUCAAGUGCAAACUUGAAAGUUUGUGAAUACAGGAACCAGUGUCAGCAGCUAAAGCAUGAACUCAAACUUGCUCACAAAGCCCUGAUCAGUGAGGUAGGGGAGGGGGUGAGCAUUACAUCCAUAGUCAAUGGCCCUGGUGGAGGGGGUUGGAGAGGGAGAGCACAGCAGAUACAGACAUUACAGCAACGGAUCAACGAACUGUCAGAGAAAACAGCCAAUCCUGACGCUGCCGACAGGGAAGCUAGAAAAGCAUUGUCAGCAGCUCGGCUGGUGGAAAAAGAACUGAGAGCAGAGUUGGAGAAAGAAGUGUCUGCACUGAAGGAACAACUGGGCGAGAAGCAGAAGAAGGUUGAAGCUAUGAAGGCUCGGACCCGAGUGUUGGAGACCUCACUGUCUGAGCUGAGAGGUCGACUGUCUACAUUAUUAGACAAAUCUACACACGAUGAUCAACUCAUAUCUGCUCUCACGGCUCAGCUGGGGUCAUUGACAGACAAGAGCCAAGAACGUAGUGCUACCAACCGCAUAGAACAGCACAAUAAACUGUUGGAGCAGCAGUUGACUGAGGAAAAAUCUAAGUCAAUACAUUUACAAAAUGCACUUGUUGAAAAAGACCAAGAAACAAUAGACUUGUUGGAGAAAAUAAAAGAGCUUCAAAAUUUAGGGGAGAAAGAUAACUUUGAAAAACCAAGAAGUGCCUCCUCAGAGAUAGCCCAAAGCACCAACCCAACUCUGGAGGCCCUUAGUUUAGCAGCUGAUGCAGAGAGAGUUCGUCUACUGGAACUAUUGGCUGUAACAAACAAGCGACUAGAACAAGAGCGCCAACUGUCUACACAGGCUCAGGAUGUGUUGAGGAGAGAGAGACACAAGGCAGCAAGACUAGAGACCAAGCUGGCCAGACAUGAGCUAGAGAGAGCCAGUGCUACCAGCCGUAGUAGCUACCACAAUCCUUCCCCCUCCCCCUUACCUCGUAAACCAACACAAAGCUCUACUUUAGAUGUGUUGAGGAGAGAGAGACACAAGGCAGCAAGACUAGAGACCAAGCUGGCCAGACAUGAGAUAGAAAGAGAUGUGUUGAGGAGAGAGAGACACAAGGCAGCAAGACUAGAGACCAAGCUGGCCAGACUUGAGCUAGAGAGAUUACAGGAUGUGUUGAGGGGAGAGAGACACAAGGCAGCAAGACUAGAGACUAAGCUGGCCAGACAUGAGCUAGAGAGAGAUGUGUUGAGGGGAGAGAGACACAAGGCAGCAAGACUAGAGACUAAGCUGGCCAGACAUGAGCUAGAGAGAGAUGUGUUGAGGAGAGAGAGACACAAGGCAGCAAGACUAGAGACCAAGCUGGCCAGACAUGAGCUAGAGAGAGAUGUGUUGAGGAGAGAGAAACACAAGGCAGCAAGACUAGAGACCAAGCUGGCCAGACAUGAGCUAGAGAGAGAUGUGUUGAGGAGAGAGAGACACAAGGCAGCAAGACUAGAGACCAAGCUGGCCAGACAUGAGCUAGAGAGAGAUGUGUUGAGGAGAGAGAGACACAAGGCAGCAAGACUAGAGACCAAGCUGGCCAGACAUGAGCUAGAGAGAGAUGUGUUGAGGAGAGAGAGACACAAGGCAGCAAGACUAGAGACCAAGCUGGCCAGACAUGAGCUAGAGAGAGAUGUGUUGAGGAGAGAGAGACACAAGGCAGCAAGACUAGAGACCAAGCUGGCCAGACAUGAGCUAGAGAGAGCCAGUGCUACCGGCCGUAGUAGCUACCACAAUCCUUCCCCCUCCCUUGAUGUGUUGAGGAGAGAGAGACACAAGGCAGCAAGACUGGAGACCAAGCUGGCCAGACAUGAGCUAGAGAGAGAUGUGUUGAGGAGAGAGAGACACAAGGCAGCAAGACUAGAGACCAAGCUGGCCAGACAUGAGCUAGAGAGAGAUGUGUUGAGGAGAGAGAGACACAAGGCAGCAAGACUAGAGACCAAGCUGGCCAGACAUGAGCUAGAGAGAGAUGUGUUGAGGAGAGAGAGACACAAGGCAGCAAGACUAGAGACCAAGCUGGCCAGACAUGAGCUAGAGAGAGAUGUGUUGAGGAGAGAGAGACACAAGGCAGCAAGACUAGAGACCAAGCUGGCCAGACAUGAGCUAGAGAGAGAUGUGUUGAGGAGAGAGAGACACAAGGCAGCAAGACUAGAGACCAAGCUGGCCAGACAUGAGCUAGAGAGAGAUGUGUUGAGGGGAGAGAGACACAAGGCAGCAAGACUAGAGACUAAGCUGGCCAGAAAUGAGCUAGAGAGAGAUGUGUUAAGGAGAGAGAGACACAAGGCAGCAAGACUAGAGACCAAGCUGGCCAGACAUGAGCUAGAGAGAGCCAGUGCUACCAGCCGUAGUAGCUACCACAAUCCUUCCCCCUCCCCUAGUAAGCUGACAGAAAACUUUACUGAAGAUCUCAAGUGCAAGAUUGAAUUACUUGAGGAAGAGGUGUUAUUUUUACGCACAAGGUUGGCCAACGUGGAGCAUGAGAAACAAGAAGAUUUGCGGACUUACACCUCUAUGUUGGAACACUCCAGACAUGCCUUUCAGGACGCAGUGAGGAACUUAAGCUCAACUACUCAUUAAUCAAUAUUCCAUUGACUGUUCAAAAUAUACUGUUUAUUGACA